AUGAUAGUAGCACACACUUCUUACGUCAUUUUCACUGUGACAUCACAAACCGUUGUUGCCUUCACCAUGAAGUAUCUAACAUUCUUCUUAAAUAUAAUUUGUUUGAACUUUUGUGUUUCACUCAAUACAAAUAGUAAACUGCAAAUUAUUGUAGAUAUUGCUAAGUCAUUUAAUAAACCUACUUCAGUUGUUGCUAAAAUGUGUUGGGAGUCAAACAAACGUAGUAAAUAUGCACCUGUAGAAGCGAAAUUGGCUAAAAUGCUAGCAAAUCUAGAUAGACCGAUGAAUAUUCGAUAUUUACGGGCAAAUGAAACCAUUGAAAAUGAUAAUUAUCCCAAUAAUGAUCUAUUAUUCAUAAUGAACAGAACUUGUGAAGAUGCGAAUGCUUUCCUUAGAUGGGCAAGUGCAAACCACAAGUUUAGAAAAUCGUACAGAUGGUUGAUUCUUGGAAAAUCAUUAAUAAUAAAAGAUGAAACUUUUAAAGUUUCUCCAGAAUUCGACAAUAUUAGGAUUUCGGUUGAUUCAGAAGUAAUUAUCAUUGAAGAAAAUAAUACUGACGAAGUGUCAUUACACACGUUUUACAAAUUAAAACCCCACACGAAAUGGAUUAUAGAACACUACGGAAACUGGUCACCUACUACUGGCUUUAUCAAAUCAAGGACUAGAAUUGAGUCAAACGUGAUGAGACGAAAGGAUUUUAUGGGAGAAUCUUUGAUUACCUCUGUUGCCAUUUCUGACAACAGCACUAAAACUGAUUUACUUGGUCUUGGCAACAUCUUUAUAGACACCCCUGCCAAAAGCAGCUUUCGUACAAUUGUACCCUUAUUCGACUUUCUUAAUGCAACUAAAGUUGUAAUAUUCUCUGAUACUUGGGGUUAUUUCAUAAAUGGAUCUUGGAAUGGAAUGAUCGGUGACAUUUCCCGUGGUGAAGCUGAUUUGUGUGGAAUCGUAACAUUCAUAACAAAAGAACGUAUGACAAUUUUGGAAUAUUUGACCCAUCCUACACCGAUCACAUUAAAGUUUGUAUUCAGACAGCCACCUUUGUCGUACCAGAACAAUUUGUUCCUUCUCCCAUUUUCUACUGGUGUCUGGUUAUGUACUGGUGCAUUCAUUGUUAUAUUAAUUGCUAUACUAUACAUCAACACGAGAUGGGAUGCAAAGAAAUAUAAAUACUAUAAUAAGCAAAAGAUAGACCAAACAUGCUUACCUCCCACAUGGAGUGACAUUACUAUAUUUGUUUUGAGUGCUAUCUCUCAACAAGGGAGCUCUAAUGAGCUGAAAGGGACUUUAGGACGUCUCGUAAUGUUUCUGGUUUUCUUAGCAUUUGUAUUCUUGUAUACUUCAUACUCUGCUAAUAUUGUAGUGUUACUUCAAUCGACAUCUAAUCAAAUUCGAACCCUAUCUGAUCUACUGCAUUCCAGACUGGAACUCGGUCUAGAGCAUGCGCCGUUCAACAAAUUCUAUUUUUCGAGUGCAUACACAGCUGAUGAUCCAAUAAAGAAAGCACUAGUCGACACAAAGAUUGCACCAAAAGGUGUGCUGACUAAUGUCAUGAACAUUGAACAAGGAGUAAGAAUUAUGCAAAAGAGACCAUUUGCCUUUAAUAUGAACACAGGCACUGGGUACAGAAUUGUUUCAGCAAUUUUCCAAGAACAUGAAAAAUGUGGGCUUCAAGAAAUUGAAUACAUUCCAAAUAGUAAUCCCUGGUUAUGUAGUCGAAGGUUGUCUCCUUAUGGGGAAUUAUUUAAAGUCGGGUAUAUCAGGAUUCAAGAACACGGUUUGAGUGACAGGGAAAACCGAUUAAUUUACGCCAAGAAACCGGCUUGCACCGUCAUGGGUGGUAGCUUCGGUUCCGUCAAUAUGGUUGAUUUCCAUCCUGUCUGCUUGGUGUUGCUCUACGGAAUGAUACUAGCGUUCCUUCUACUUGGCGUCGAAAUUUUAGUUCAUCGUAAACAGAUGAAAAUUCGCAAUCAAGCUGCAGUUGAAUGAAAUGUUAAAUUGUUUGUUUUAAGAAGCGCUUUGUUAGUUUAGAAUUAUUGUCUUGUAUUUCAUAAAAUGUGCAGCAACGAUGCUUAUUAAUUCAAAUGGGAUAUCCCUCACCGAUAGAUGAUUUUCACAAAAACUUUGCGAUAGUUUACAGUUUUUUCGGUAGGCC